UAAGCUCAACGUUUUGGCGUUCAAAAGAGAAUCGCCGCCGCGUUGAUUUCAUUUUUGGACACUAACAGCAUUUUCUCCUUCCCUUCCCUUCAUCCACAGCCUCAAACCUUCAUUCCGUAUCUCUCAAGGAAUUGCGAGAUCUCCUAAACCAUAAACCCUAAGAACCACCCGACUGUUGCAUUUCUUCUUCUCUUGGGAGCUCGGUCUCAAAGAUCGAGUUCCUGAAGGUGAAGUUUAUUCCUUCAUUCAUCGAAAUAUCUUGUUAAUUUGUAUUAGGAAGAGUAAUUAGCUUAUCUAUAAUGGCAACCGCGUUGCAUUUUUGUGGUGGUAAAGUUGCCUGCCCCGUUUUCCCAACGAGUCUGAUGCAUUGUAAAGCUUCGUUGCCACAGCGCAUUGAUUUUGCUAACUCUGUUGCGCCGAGUUCUGGAUUGUGUGUAAGUGUAAAAUUUUCUUGUGCGAGUAGAGUUUUGAGAGUCAGUUGUGAGGGACGAAGGUCUGAUGUCCUUGAAAGGAACAAAAUUGAGUAUCUUAGUGAUGAUGAAGCUGAAUCUGAGAAACAAUUAACGUGUGUAAUGAAGUUUGGUGGCUCGUCAUUGGCCUCUGCUGAGAGGAUGAGAGAAGUUGCCGACCUUAUACUUAGCUUCCCAGAUGAGAGGCCUGUCAUUGUUCUAUCUGCCAUGGGAAAAACGACUAACAAACUUUUGUUGGCUGGAGAAAAGGCUGUUUGUUGUGGAGUAACUAAUGUAGAUGCUAUUGAUGAGCUGAGCUUCAUAAAGGAAUUGCAUCUCAGAACUGUAGACGAGCUGGGAGUAGACCAAUCAAUUAUAGCUACUCACCUUGAAGAAUUGGAGCAACUUUUGAAGGGAAUUGCUAUGAUGAAAGAGUUGACUCCGCGGACAAGAGAUUACCUAGUUUCAUUUGGGGAAUGCAUGUCCACAAGGAUCUUUGCAGCAUAUUUGAAUAAAAUUGGUGCAAAAGCCUUCCAAUAUGAUGCCUUCGAUAUUGGUUUUAUCACCACAGAUGACUUCACAAAUGCAGACAUUCUGGAAGCAACUUAUCCAGCAGUUGCAAAGAGGUUACACGGGGAUUGGAUAAAUAAUUCUGCAAUUCCAAUUGUUACUGGCUUCCUUGGAAAGGGCUGGAGAUCCUGUGCCAUUACUACAUUGGGUAGGGGUGGUAGUGAUUUGACCGCCACAACCAUUGGAAAAGCAUUGGGUUUGCGAGAGAUUCAGGUGUGGAAAGAUGUUGAUGGUGUUUUGACAUGUGAUCCUAAUAUAUAUCCGCAUGCGGAACCCGUACCGUACUUGACAUUUGAUGAGGCAGCUGAACUUGCAUACUUUGGUGCACAGGUUCUGCAUCCACAAUCCAUGAGACCUGCUAGAGAGGGUGAUAUUCCUGUUAGGGUUAAGAAUUCUUAUAACCCAUGUGCUCCUGGAACUCUCAUCACCAGGACACGAGAUAUGAGUAAGGCAGUGUUAACCAGCAUUGUUUUGAAACGGAAUGUGACCAUGUUGGAUAUUGUUAGCACACGAAUGCUUGGUCAAUAUGGCUUUCUUGCAAAGGUAAGAAGGGUAUUUUCAACCUUUGAAGAUUUGGGCAUAUCGGUGGAUGUUGUAGCUACUAGUGAAGUCAGUAUUUCGCUGACACUGGAUCCAUCAAAGCUUUGGAGCAGGGAACUCAUUCAGCAGGCAAGCGAACUUGACCAUGUUGUAGAAGAGCUUGAGAAAAUUGCUGUAGUCAAUCUCCUUCAGCAUAGAUCAAUUAUAUCUCUCAUUGGGAAUGUUCAGAGGUCAUCAUUGAUAUUAGAGAAGGUAUUUAAUGUUCUUCGAACCAAUGGUGUCAAUGUUCAGAUGAUAUCGCAAGGUGCAUCUAAGGUCAAUAUAUCAUUAAUAGUGAAUGACAACGAAGCAGAACAGUGUGUGAGGUCUCUCCACAAAACAUUCUUUGAAAGCAACAUUUCUGAAAUAGAUUAAGAAUGUCAUCUUUAUCCGAUGAUACACUUAUUGUUAUCUCAUUGAUCCCAUUAGCAUGGAGCCCUCAAAGAUUACCAAUAUUUUGCAAUACAAUUAUAUUUUUUUUGAAGGCUUAGAGAAAUCUAUCUUGCCAAAUCAGGAUGUACCUAUGUAGCUUCAUUGUAUUUUUGAGUAAUUGAAAUUUCCAACUGUAAUGUCCUAGCCCAGGAAUGGAUGAUAAAAUGUUAGUCUCAUACUACCAAGUUGUACUUGGUAUUUUUUACA